AUGAUCCCCAGGUCGCGCGCCUCUGGACGCUUCGUCCUCCACAGCACCGCAGUCCGCUCGGCAAGAGCUUCAUCGCGGCUACCGGCGAGGACAUGGCACUCCAGCCCUGCGUGCACAUGCCCCCAUGUCUGCAGUCGAGUGCUGCCCUCGCUCCGAGCCUCAGGACAGACUGCCCCCUUCUCAGCAGCCGCGCAGCUCCGGGACAAGAAGGACAAGGAUAAGGAAAGUUUCUUCGACUCCUCCAUCGAGCCACCGACCGAACCAUUGUCCGAAGAGGAGGCCAAGCUAAAUCAGGACAGCCGCAAGGCAGACUUGGAGGAAAAGAACGAGGCGAAAAGCACGGGCGGCGACUCGUCGGCAGUAGCAAAAAGCGAGAGUGCAGGGCAGGAAGGCAAGGGAAGCGCUGCUGGUGGUGCCGCGGGCAACUCAGGGUCGGGCGAUGGAUCCGGCGACGGCGGCAAGAAGGGCAAAAAAUCAUCGGAACGAGCCCUCUCCAAGCCUGUGGUGCCGGAUGUGUACCCCCAGGUUCUGGCCAUUCCGAUAGCGCGGAGGCCGUUGUUCCCGGGGUUCUACAAAGCCAUUACCAUCAAGGACCCCGAGGUUGCGAGCGCCAUCACCGAGUCCAUCAAGCGAGGACAGCCAUACGUCGGCGCGUUCCUGUUCAAGGACGAGAAUCAGGAUGACGAUGUCAUCCGCAACGUCGACGACGUCUACGAUGUAGGUGUCUUUGCGCAGAUCACGAGCGCUUUCCCUAUCCACGGACAGGAGGGCGCUCUCACGGCCAUUCUCUACCCCCACCGAAGAAUCAAGCUGUCCAGCUUGAUCGCCCCAAGUGCAGAGGAGGCAAAGGAUCCCAAAAAGACCGACAAGGUGGAACCGACCCCGCCCGAGCCCAUCCCCCAGAAGACCAUUCCAGAGGAGCCGCAACAGGCGCAGACUGAUAAGAAGGGCGACGUCGUUGCCAGCUUUGAGGAGGGCGCCGUUGAGAAGAAGCCCGACCAGCAGGCGGAGAAGUACGAGCCAACAUCCUUCCUCAAGCGCUACCCUGUCAGUCUCGUCAAUGUGGAGAACAUGACCGAGGAGCCCUUCGACCCCAAGAGCCAGGUCAUCCGGGCGGUCACCAACGAGAUUGUCAACGUCUUCAAGGAGGUGGCGACCAUGAACAAUCUCUUCCGCGACCAGAUCUCGACCUUUUCCAUGAGCCAAUCCACGGGCAACGUCACGUCCGAGCCCGCCAAGCUGGCCGACUUUGCGGCCGCCGUGUCAUCGGGCGAACAGACGGAGCUGCAAGAAGUCCUGGCGUGUAUGAACGUGGAGGAGAGGAUGCAAAAGGCCCUCACCGUGCUCAAGAAGGAGCUCAUGAACGCGCAGCUGCAAUCCAAGAUCAGCAAGGACGUGGAGCAGAAGAUCACCAAACGUCAGCGCGAGUACUGGCUGAUGGAGCAGAUGAAGGGUAUUCGGAGGGAGCUCGGCCUCGAGAGCGACGGCAAGGAGAAGCUCGUUGAGAAGUUUAAGGAAAAGGCAAGCAAGCUGGCCAUGCCCGAGGCUGUGCGCAAGGUCUUUGACGAGGAGCUGAACAAGCUGGCACACCUCGAGUCGGCGGCUUCCGAGUUCAACGUGACGCGGAACUACCUGGACUGGCUCACCCAGAUCCCCUGGGGCCAGAGGAGCGCGGAAAACUUUGGCAUCCCCAAUGCCCAGAAGGUUCUGGACGAGGACCACUACGGGCUGCAGGACGUCAAGGAUCGCAUUCUCGAGUUCAUCGCUGUCGGCAAACUCAGGGGCACUGUGGAGGGCAAGAUCUUGUGCUUCGUCGGCCCGCCCGGUGUGGGCAAGACGAGUAUUGGCAAGUCGAUUGCCCGAGCACUCAACCGCCAGUACUACCGCUUCAGUGUUGGUGGCCUAACCGAUGUCGCGGAAAUCAAGGGCCACCGCCGAACCUACGUCGGUGCUCUGCCCGGUCGCAUCAUCCAGGCGUUGAAGAAGUGCCAGACCGAGAACCCUCUCAUCCUCAUCGAUGAGGUUGACAAGAUCGGCAAGGGAUACCAGGGCGACCCAUCGUCGGCUCUACUGGAGCUGCUCGACCCGGAGCAGAACAGCUCGUUCUUGGACCACUACCUAGAUGUACCCGUGGACCUGUCCAAGGUUCUCUUUGUCUGCACAGCCAACAUGACCGACACCAUUCCGCGACCACUUCUGGACCGCAUGGAGCUUAUCCAGCUGUCCGGCUACGUCGCGGACGAGAAGAAGGCCAUUGCCGACAAGUAUCUCGCGCCCGCCGCCAAGGAGGCCGCCGGGCUGCAGAAUGCCAAGGUAGAGCUGACGGAGGACGCGAUCCAAGAGCUCAUCAAGUCCUACUGCCGCGAGUCGGGCGUCCGCAACCUCAAGAAGCAGAUUGAAAAGGUCUACAGGAAAUCCGCCCUCAAGAUCGUCAAGGAUCUUGGCGAGGAGGUGCUCCCCGAGGAGGAGGCGUUGACGGAGGAGGGCAAAUCGGCCCUCGAAGAGUCCGAGAAGAAGGCCGAGGCCACUGAGGACGCCAAGGAACCCACCAAGGAGCAGCAGCCAUCACCAGAGGCGACUGAGGCCGAGACGACCGAGAAGCCUCGCAAGGCCCUGCGCGUACCCGACUCCGUGCAGGUCACCAUUGGCAAGGACAAUCUGACCGACUACAUUGGACCCCCCGUGUUCACUUCGGAUCGCCUGUACGAGGUCAGCCCGGCCGGUGUCGCCAUGGGCCUGGCGUGGACACAGCUGGGCGGUGCGGCCAUGUACACCGAGUCGAUCCUGCAGGCACCUCUGCGACCGGAGAGCCGGCCCGGUCUGGAGAUUACGGGUAACAUCAAGAACGUGAUGAAGGAGUCUACGACGAUUGCCUACUCGUUUGCCAAGUCGUUUGCCGCCAAGCACUUCCCCGACAACCACUUCUUCGACAAGGCCAAGAUGCACAUGCACAUGCCCGACGGGGCCGUGUCCAAGGAUGGGCCCUCUGCUGGUAUCACCAUGGCGACGUCGCUGCUCUCGCUGGCGAUGGACACGCCGGUGAACCCCACCGUGGCCAUGACGGGCGAGCUGACCCUGACUGGCAAGGUGUUGCGCAUUGGUGGGUUGCGGGAGAAGACGGUCGCGGCGCGACGGGCAGGUUGUACCACGGUGAUUUUCCCGCGGGACAACCUCUCAGAUUGGCUGGAGCUGCCACAGAAUAUCAAGGAGGGCAUCGAGGGCCACCCCGUCGAGUGGUACCCCGAGGUCUUUGACAUUGUGUUCCCCGAUCUCGACAAGGCCAAGGCGAACGAAGACAGGGUCCAGCCAGGCAAGGACGCCAAGUCCUCCGAGGACGAUGACUAG